AAAUCUCAAAAAUGCAAUCAGGAAAAAGAGUCAAUUGCAGUUUAUACUGAAAGAUCUAUGAGAAAACCAGCCAACGUCCACCAAAACACGAAAAUUAAUCAAAUCAAUCACCAAUCGCCUACAAACGAUGCAGAGUAUGCACUGGCAUGCAUGUCCUGUCAUUGGCAUUGCAGUUGCUUUUUCCUUCCCGUAGCUUUCUCGAGGUCAAAGCUAAAGCUGUCAAUGCCGAAAGUUGGUGACUGGUAGUGAAUGGGACGAAACUACUACGCAACCUUUACACAAAAUUCCCAAACUGAAAAACAACAGGAAGAAAAUAACCCCACAAAAGAUCUCGAUCAGUUGACGACUGUUUUCGUGCAUUUUUAUGGUUAGAAACGACACGUAAUUGCAUCUACAGUUUUCCCGUUUUCGAUUGUCACGGGAUUACGAUUGCCAUUUGUUCAAGCUUUUUUGAUUUACCUGACUUCAGAUCACGAAUGGGACUGCGGCGAAUAGUUUGAUACGGUGACGAGUCGCAGAAAAUGCAGAUCAGCACGAUGCCAUGGAGAAGUUUCCACUGAAGGGUACUUCAUCAUCAACAUCAUCAUUCAGCAAUCCUGCACUUGCUACCUAUCACUCGGUCGAUGCCCAGAAUGGCAAUGGUGUAACUAAUGGUAACUCGGACAAUGCUCGUCUAAGAAGUGGAGCUACAAGUCGUAGUCUAAGUAGUGAUGAAGAUAUGCUGGUCGUUAAUCAACAAUCAUCUUCGCAUAAGGCAGGAAAUAACGCUUAUCUAGACCGAAGCCUCCGUCUCGACGAUGCGUCGUCCCACUUUUCAGCCGAGUCAGACGACAUUCCUGGAAUUGGACAAUAUGACGACUUCCACACAAUCGACUGGCAAAGAGACAUUGCCAGGGAUCGGAUGCGGCAUCGUUAUAUCCUGAAAAAGAAGCACGACUCUAUCUGGGACUUGAUCAAGGGAGCCCACGACGCUUGGUCAGGAUGGCUCUGUGUCUUAUUCGUGGGUCUUUUCACAGGAGUCGCAGCUGGUGUCAUCGACAUCGGCGCUUCCUGGAUGACAGAUCUUAAAUUUGGAAUCUGUCCGCAAGCUUUUUGGCUCAAUAAGGAACAGUGCUGCUGGAGUUACAACGAGACAACUUUCGAUGGAGAAAAUUGCUCACAGUGGUUGGCCUGGCCCGAAGUUUUUAAUCAGUCAAAGGAUGGAGCUGGUCCCUAUAUUAUUUCAUAUUUAUUUUAUGUCGCAUGGGCCCUUUUAUUCGCUUCAUUGUCUGCGUCCUUAGUAAGAAUGUUUGCACCAUAUGCCUGUGGAUCUGGUAUUCCAGAGAUAAAAACUAUUUUGAGUGGGUUCAUCAUUCGAGGAUAUUUGGGAAAAUGGACUCUUAUUAUAAAAUCUGUUGGCCUUAUUCUCUCCGUCUCGGCAGGUUUAAAUUUGGGAAAGGAAGGCCCAAUGGUGCAUAUAGCAUGCUGUAUAGGCAACAUAUUUUCGUAUCUUUUUCCGAAAUAUGGUAGAAACGAAGCUAAGAAGAGGGAAAUUUUAUCAGCCGCUGCAGCCGCUGGUGUUUCUGUAGCUUUCGGAGCUCCGAUUGGUGGUGUUUUAUUUAGUUUAGAAGAGGUCAGUUAUUAUUUUCCUUUGAAAACACUAUGGCGAUCAUUUUUCUGUGCCCUAAUUGCUGCCUUCGUCUUGCGGUCGAUCAAUCCCUUCGGGAAUGAACAUUCCGUUUUGUUCUACGUGGAAUACAACAAACCUUGGAUUUUCUUUGAGCUCAUUCCUUUUGUGAUGCUUGGAAUCAUAGGGGGUGUGAUUGGAUCGCUCUUUAUCAGAGCAAAUCUCUACUGGUGCCAGUACCGCAAAACCUCAAAACUAGGCCAGUACCCAGUGACUGAAGUUUUGGCUGUAACUGUCAUCACUGCAGUCAUCGCUUAUCCAAAUCCUUACACAAGGAUGAGUACGAGUCAGCUGAUUUACUUGCUCUUCAGGCAAUGUGGUGUCUCCAAUGCCGAUAUAUUAUGCGACUACAACCGCAAUUUCACGGCCGUGAAUUCAGCAAUUGAGAUUGCAGCAGCCGAUACAGGAGUUUAUAAAGCAGUAUGGCUUCUCUUCAUCGCCCUGCUCUUGAAGUUCAUCCUGACAAUCUUUACUUUCGGCAUGAAAGUACCCUGCGGUCUCUUCAUUCCCUCCCUAUGCUUCGGAGCCAUCAUCGGUCGCAUUGUCGGCAUUGGCAUGGAGCAGCUUGCCUACAACUAUCCACAUAUUUGGAUGUUCAGUGAAGAGUGUUCGACUGGAGUGAAUUGCAUCACGCCAGGAUUGUACGCGAUGGUUGGAGCCGCGGCUUGUCUGGGAGGCGUCACGAGAAUGACAGUUUCACUGGUCGUUGUCAUGUUUGAAUUGACGGGAGGUGUUAGGUACAUCGUUCCGCUGAUGGCAGCUGCCAUGGCAAGCAAAUGGGUUGGAGAUGCCCUCGGCAAACAGGGCAUUUAUGACGCUCAUAUUGGACUCAAUGGUUAUCCAUUCUUGGAUAGCAAAGAUGAAUUUCAGCAUACGACUCUUGCUGCUGAUGUCAUGCAACCCAAGCGUAAUGAAGCGCUGCAUGUACUUACGCAAGACUCGAUGACAGUUGAGGACAUGGAAACGUUGCUCAAGGAAACUGAGCAUAAUGGUUUUCCUGUAAUAGUUUCGAAAGAAUCACAAUAUUUAGUUGGUUUCGUGCUAAGAAGAGAUCUGAAUUUGGCUAUUGCCAAUGCAAAGCGUAUGAUGGAAGGCAUCACGCGACAAUCGCUCGUUGUUUUCACUAGUGGUACCAACAUCCAAACGCAUGGAAUGCCGCCGCCCUUAAAAUUGAAAAAGAUUCUCGACAUGGCCCCCAUAACAAUUACGGAUCAAACUCCCAUGGAGGCUGUUGUGGAUAUGUUUAGAAAAUUGGGAUUACGGCAGACACUCGUUACGCAUAAUGGACGUCUACUAGGAGUAAUUACAAAGAAAGACGUAUUGAGGCAUAUAAAACAGCUGGAUAAUGAAGAUCCCAAUUCCGUAUUAUUUAAUUAGUUUAUGAUUUUAAGUCUAUCAGAAACAUCACUACGCGAUAAAAUCGUAACGAAACUCAUUAGGCUGUAACUUAAAAAAGGGAAGAUAAUACGAUAGCCGCCCAUAUACAUACUAUAAGAUAUCAGUCUUAUUCUCAUAAAAGAUCGAGUCUAGGAAUCAUAUUUUUAUCCUUUUACCCGCGCGUAUUUUUCAAUACUCUUUAAUUAUUAUAAUUAUACAUCACAGUCUCCAUAAUAAUAAUAAUAAUAAUAAUAAUAAUAAUAAUAAUAAUAAUAAUAAUAAUUGUUCGUUAAUAGAAUACUCAGACAUUUGAAAAGAGUAAUUUAAUACCAAAAAAGGGGAAAGUAUAUAUUUUGCAUAUUAAAAAAGAAAUCAUCACACAUGUUUAGCUUCACUCUUUAUAUGAUUUCAUUUUUGUGUAUUGUUUGGAAUUGGUUUUUUUUUCUCUCCAGAAUACGUAAGUAAUUGUAAAAAUGUAUUAUUUUAGUAGCGACUAUUUUUUCCGUACAUGUAUCGUCCGAAAGUGUUUCUUUGUUGUUGUCGAGUUGAAAAAGUCUCUAAAAAAUUGAUAACUAACGUGCUAUAUUCCGUAAUUGUUGCAUAUUAUUUAUCAAUUUUAAUUACAUGUUGUUGUGUUUAUAUAUGAUGAAAAUAAUGAAAGUUACAUGUAUUGUCGUCUACUGAAAAUCGAGUUUGUCAACAUAUUAAAUAAUGAGUUUCCACUCUUUUAAUCUGGAAAAGAAAUUCAAAUUCAUGCAGGGAAAAAAGUGAUAGAAACAUAUAUUAUUGUAAAAAAUAUGCGAAACAGAAUCAGUCUGUCGAAGUGAAUGCUUUUGCUUUCAUUUUGUGAAAAAGCAAUUUUUGUUUGCUUUUACAAAUCAUCAGUUGGGUAUCAUGGGUACUACUUAAACAAAGAACAGAUUAAUAAAAUCGUUACGCGAGUCUUGUUAUUGUAUAAGCAUGCGAUAAUUGUACAUAUAUACAUUAUACAGUAUGAUACUAAAUUCAUCUGUCUUCUAAAUGUUAAAUAUGAGAAGUACAAUCACAA